GCGCCGCGAUGGGAUGCUCUGCACGAUGGCACCAAGACAUCCGAUGGCAAGCUCUGCUUCGCCGACGCACCGGAGUUCACCCCGUCGCUGACGCCAGCCGAGUGCAUCCGUAAGGGCAUCUUUGGAGGCUGCUACUUCAACCCUCGAGGUGGCAAGGCUGGUAUCUUCUCGCGCGACAUCGCCAUCGACCACGCCGAGUUCCCAGCCGAGUGGUUUGAGGCCGAUGAGAGCCUGUACCUCUCGCGCCGCUACAACGUGACGACCAACGCCUAUCGAGUCAAGUCUGGCUUCGGGCAGAGGGAGUGGGAGAGCAAGGGCUGGAUCCAUGCCCAAGACCCGAGGGGCUGGUUCCAGUGGUACUGCCGCUUCUUCUGCGGCCGACGCUCUGCAGACGACGCGCGCCAGAUCGCCCGCUGGCGCGCGUGCGCCUCGAGCCGCGGCCGGUGGCGCAACCAGCUGUGCGGCGCGGUCCAGAGGGGCUCGGGGCGUUGGGACGACGUGGCCGUCAGCCCC